AAGUGUACAAAAGCACCGAAGCAGAAGAAAUAUAAAGGAAAGAAAAACUGUCUUACACAAAAUUGACAAAUACACAAUAGUUUGUUAGUUACAGAUCAACAGACGAUAGAAAUGGCUUCUUGUUUAGUUGUUACAGCAGUUUUACUUGUGUUAAUCACGACUGUGGCUACGAUUGUGUGUUUUGCAAUGCCAAACUGGUUACAUUUUGUCAACAAACAAGACACCUUAUGUCAGUGUUCAGCAACAAACUGUGAUUGCGGUCUAUGGAUCAGUUGUCUAGGAGGACCUGCUACAUCUGGGAUACUAGAUAAUUGCAACUGGUUCUUUUCAGAUAAUUUCCGAAUUGAAAAAGAUCUCCCAGACUGGUUUAAAGCUGUACAAGGAUUGAUGUCCUGUGCUGUUGCUUCUUCCAUGCUGGCUCUAUUGAUUGGUCUGUUGUCAUUGUGUAAUGUCUGUAAAGGAUGCAAUGCCCAUCAGGCUGCUGGAGCUUUUGCUAACCUCACUUUUUUGUUGAUUGCUGUGUCGGUUUGUGUGUUUGGUGCUAAAGCAUACCUCGAUCAUGAAGCUGAAGUUCUGACCAAAGAAAGUUCAACAGGGAACCAGUUAAUCUACGGCUGGGGAUUCUGGGUAGCUGUUGGAGCAGGUGUGUUUGCUCUAUUGUCUAGUGUUAUAUAUUAUUGUGUUGGACAUGCAAGCAGGAAUUAUGAUGAAUGCUAAACUUAGAAUUUAUAUUAAUUUAUAUUGAAAACAGGUCGUCAUGACUACAUUUCAGCAGCAAUUCUUUAAUGGCAAACGCAGUAGGUCUAACAAUUCUCAUGUUAUUAUGCCUCUGUCUUUUAGAUCUUUCAAGAAAAAGGUGGUGCUUUUAUAUAAUAACCUUGAAGCAAACAUUAAAUUCAGUUGUAACUAAUAUUUGGCUUGCAUUAAAAAGUUGCAGAAUCAUGACAUGUAAACAUAUUGCAAAAAUCAUUUUUUACUAAAUUUAAGUAUUUUCCAUUCAUUAAUCUAGGUAUUGUUUUUUACAAAACUUUUACUAGGAGUGCUGCCUGGAAUAAUUUCAAAGAUUUCGUUAGCUAUUUGAAUAUUUUAGAAGAGGUAUUUUUUAUACCUUCAUUUACUAAGGUAUUACUAUAUUAUAUAUGACACAAGUGUAAGUGUCUGUUGUUUAAGAGUUGUGAUCUAUAUUGUACUUAAGUCAAGUCAAACAUUAUUACCUUCAAGUAAAACACUGAUUUUAUUGGUAAGAUUUCCCAUUUAAAUAAAAUAUUGACCAUUUGUUGACCUUUGGUUUUCUGGAUUAUUUAAUAGUUGGGUUGCCUUUGUGCUUCAUUGGUGUAUACCACACAUACCUCAAAAAAUCAUUCAUUAAAAUCUGGUGAUUGAGUUGUUUAUUUAUUUUAUCAGCUUUCUUCUUAUAAUUUCCUUGUUUUGUUGCUUUAUCUUGAAGACUUUAUCAAUUCUCAUUUCUUAUUGUGUAAUGGAUUUUGUUAACAGACUGUCUGAUAAUGUUCAUUCAUUCAAGAUUAUCUGUACCAAGUCAUUAUACAAGAUAUUCUGAAGACUUUUGCAACAUUAUAAAGUCAAAGACGAGCAUGAUAAAGAAUUGAAAAAAAUCAGGAAUUAAAUAGGUGACUUGGUACUGAUAUUUUAAUUCUCGUAGAAAACAUUGAUUUUUGAAUUAUUUGUCUCAUACAUAUACAUAAAUCCAUCUUAUUUUUUCUUCAAAUUAAUUGAACAAAGUUGACUAUUUUUCCUCUUUUUACAAUCUUCUGUCUAUCGCCUUUUAGUAUCUGUAGCCAACCUAUCAUAUCAUCCCAGAUUGCCAUAGACCGUCUUCCUUACAACAGAUAUUGUCUAUCGCCUUUUAGUAUCUGUAGCCAACCUAUCAUAUCAUCCCAGAUUGCCGUAGACCGUCUUCCUUACAACAGAUAUUGAUAUACUGUAAGUUCUUAAAUUAUUUUUAUUAUUGCGAUUUUUUUAAGAAAAGACAAAAAUGCGAUUUCAGGAAAAUCUGCAUACAGAUAUAUGUAUCAGAUAUCAAAAUGUGAGUUCUUAUGAUUGGGAUAAUCACCAAGUAGCAAAUUUUCGCAUUAAUAAAUACCUCACAAUAAUUUCUGAAUUUACAGUAUUGGGAAGAAAUUAAUAUUUAGGUUUAAAGUUGUAGGAAACAUAAUUGUAUUUGUUAAGAUGAAAGCCAUAAAGCUAAAGUUUGCCAAGACAUUUUCAACAUAUUCAGUUGCAUGAAAGUUGAAGUUUUGUAUAUAGAGUUUUUAUUUUUUAUAUCCAAAUAGAAAGACUUUAUUUUUGAAUUAUUAUUUUGAAAUCUUGUAGGUAACAAUGUUUGACUUUGUUUAUUGAGAUAUUUUAUAAGUUGGUAGAAUAGGAAAUCUACAUUAUACUCAUGUUUAAGUCAUAAACAAUUUUGUAUGUCAUUAUUUUGUAGUGCAAGUGUAUGCAAGUUUAUUUUAUGUGCAUAUGUUGAGAAAAAUAUUUUCAUAUUUUUGUGUUUAUGUUUAUAUACAUGUUGCUGAAAUAAUAUUUUUACUGGAAUUAUUAUAUUUCAAAGACAAUUUUUUCAAAAAGUACAUUCAAAAGAUGAAAAUUAGCAGGCUAACAUUUGAAUUUGAUAACUAUAAUUGAACUUUGUUUAUAUUUUUAUGAAAAGUGUAUGUCUAGUACUGAAGAGCAAAUGUUAAAUUGACUGUUUAUAAAAAUCGGAUUUUUUCGAAAUACUAAGGAUUUUCUACCCCAGGAAUAGAUUAGCUUAGCUGUAUUUAACUAAUCCUUAUGGAAUAUUGGGUCGUUAAUGCUCUUCAGUUUUGUACUUUAUUUGGCCCUUCAACUUUUUUUAAUUCAAGCGACACUGACUUUUGUAGAUGAAACGUGUGUCUGGCAUUCACAUUUUUGAUACUGGUAUCUAUAAUGAGUUUAUUGAUAGCAUAGGGUUUGGACCCAAACAUUGAAAGUUUAUAAAAUUACAGUGAAACCAAUAGCAGCCAAACGAAUUUACAGACUUGAGAUUUUGUUAAAAGACAAAUUUUCAAUCUAAACAUGUUUCUGGUGUAUGUAGUGUUUGAUGUACACAUAUUUCAGUGUAUUAUUGCUAUUUUAGAAUCGUGAAAUGAGUUUUUGUAUGUGUCUUCAAUAUACAUAUUAUUUCUUAGAAGUUAUGCAUAAUAAGGAAGAAGAUCAUAUUUUUGCUAAUUUUUGUUUUAACUAUUUAAAAAAAAAAGGCUGUAUAAAAUUAGUACUGUCAUACAGUAGAACAAAUUUUGAAAAAAAUACUGCUGAACAAAUAAAUAGGUUGCUCAAGCAGUUUAAACAUAUAAACAUUGAAGUAUAAGACUUUUUUACCUGUCUGUUUAUAGUAUUUUUUUAUGUUUGCAUGACAUGUUCUGUUUAUGUAAAAUGUUCAUGUUAGGGUAAUUUUAAUCACUAAUUUUAGGAAAAACUAGCACACAUUCUAUGCAUUGGUUAUAAAUUUUUAUGAAGCUGUUUUUGUCAAAGGGAUAUGGUUUAGCUACCUUUUUUAUAUUUUGAAUAUGUAUAAAGACACUCAAACCUGUUAGUGUAUUUUAUUAAUGUUUUAGAAAAGUUUAAAGAAUAUAUUGUAUGAAUAGGCAUAGAUGUCAAUUAUAAUUAUUUCAUCCUAUACAAUAAUUCAGUACCUUCUAAAAAAAUGUACUAAAAACAGUGAAACAAAAUUGAAAUUGUUGUUUCAUUUUGCAUAUUAAAGGAAUUGAUUUUAAUAUUGUCAGAGAGAUUAAAAUCUACUUCAAUUAUAAGAAUGGCGACCAUAUCUCUUUAGCAAUCUUAUUUUUUUUUCAUUUCUGUUUAUUUUGAAUAUUUUUUCAGUAUACACAAAAAGGGUUAGAUUAGUGCAAUAUAUAUUGUGUUAUAUUUGUAAUAUUUUUUUGUCAGAUAUCAGAUUAGAAAUAAAAGAAAUUUUAGUUAGAGUAGUCAAUAUACAAAUGUGUUUGUCAUUCCUAAUACUUUUAUAUACAGUCUAAAACAUUCAUGGGAUAAUUAUUUUUCUUGCAUGUGGUCAUUUCUGUUUUAAUUUGAUCAGAGCUAUUUGAAAAACUUCCAGCUAAUAAAAGUCUUUAAUUGUUAAAGGGAACUGAUGUAAAUCUGAUGUUUCAAGCUGUUAAAUCAUAGCAAUAUUGAUUCGAACACCUAACAAAAGCUGUUGAUAAGCUAUUGAUUGGUCCGUUGCAAGAAAAUUGGUUAACACAUGAAGGGUUUAUGCUGUAAUACUUCCUCUUUUGGUAAAGCUUUUCAUGUCUUUUUUUAGCGGUAUACUACUGUUGCCUUUAUUCAUAUUGGCUGGAUGAAGUCAGUAUUUUUUUUAAAUGAUAGACAAGAAUUUAAAUUGAAACUGGAUACCACCUAAAAAGCAUACAGAAAAUUGCAGUUUUUGUAUGAACAAGUCAGAUUGAACAUUUCAGCAUAAAGUCAAUUUUUGUGAUUUUUUCUCUAAUAAAGACUGAAGAUUUUUUAUUUUAACACCAUGCAUCAAUUAUUUAUCACUUCAUUAGAUCAAAUUUAGUGUAAACACGAAUCUUUACUGCAUCUAUUUUUCACGGUUUUGUUUGUGACCACAUGCUCAUGGGAAUCUUUUUUUUGAUUUGUUUUAUAGUAUUGUGAUGUUUAAUUUUACUAUCACUUUGUUGUAUAAUGUUGUGAUAUUUUUUAUUAUCAGUGCAGAUUUUCAGGGGAGCUAGAUUCAUAGUUUGUUUAAUAUAGUGAAAAUUAAUACACUUGGAAAGUUAUUUCUUUUGUAGUUUAAUGUGGGAGAAUUGUGUAUAAAAAGGGUGAUUGUUAGGCUACAAAAGAAGGCUUAGGUGAAUAUUCAUCUUGUCAGUAUUGGAUCUUUCUGUUGUUAACUAUAGCAUGCUGUGCAUCUACAUGUUGUGUUGAAUGUACACAUUGUAAUAUAUUGUUAGUCAUUCCUUUUAGAAUUUUCAGUGCUCAUGGUUUGUUUCUAGUUUUGUGCCAAAAUAUAAUGAGGCUUUAUUUCACUUUUUCUUUUCAUGCACUAAUCAUAUAGUUAUUACUUCCAACAAACACCUUCUAUGUGUAAAGAAUUUAAUAUUUUUGUAUUAAAGUGUUGUUUAAAUUUGUACAUAAUUCACAUGUCUUCUGUAAAAUGGUAUAUUGGUUUACCUCUGGUUAUGUUAAGAAAACAUUUAAACAGAAAAAAAUUCUAUAAGCCAAAACAGGAACUUUUUUUUAUAUAAAUACUCAGAAUUUUCAAUAUAUCCUUAUUUUCUUGUGUCAAAAUAAUUUAUUUUUACUCAUGCAGAUAGCAUUUAAGGUUGUUUUGUAAUAUUUGAUAUCUGUACAUUUAAUAAAAAUAUUCUUAUUAUUAUUUUUUGAACAACAUAGUUAUAACAUCUAUUCAGAGAAAGCAAAUAUUUUGAAUUAAGGUCAUACAGUGAUUAAAUUGUUAUUUUAAGUUUAUUAAAAUUGAAUAGGAACUCAACAAUUAUUAAUUUUUUUUAGAAGAACUAAUGCUAAAAAAAAAAGUGUCGUAAGUAUUUGUUCAUAGCAUUUAAAGAUUAAGAGUAUUCAAGAGGAUUUCUAUCUUGACAAUAGUCAAUUUAUAUAGUCAAUUACAGUCUUGUGGUAAGGAUUGAAAAUAAAGAUUUCAAAUCUCAACAAUUUUAUUAAUGAAAAGGGUUUUCUUCAUAGAUUAAAAAAAAAAACCAGACACAUCCAAAUUAUUUUGAAAAAGAAAGGAAGAUUGUUGUGGUUGUGGCUUUUAAGAUUCCAUAUUAGUUUGUCAGAUUUAUGUUUUGAAUAAUUUAAAAAAAAAAAUUUGUAAGAUAUAUAGAGGAUGCAAGGCAGACAUUAAAAUGCAUUGCAUGGGAAUAAGGUACUGGAGUUCUAAUGUAAAAAGGUCAUGUUUUUAACUUCUGAUUAAUUAAGAAUACAUAGAAUGAAACUUUUAAUUGAACUCCACAUAUUAAUUUUUUUUUUCUAAAUACAUUGUACUGUAUUUUCAAAAUGUUCAGCAGUGUAGUUUAUAGGUGUAUUAUUUUAUAAGUUGUUAUUUAUCAAUAUUAUAUAUACUCUUGACACAUUACUAUUAUGUAGAAAAGUCUAAAUUAUUUAAUUGUGACAGUUUUUAUUUUAACUGUACCGGAAACUUUAAAAUUCUUCGCACUUGCAACCAUGUGGCCUAAUCUUUGAAAACUUUUCUUAUUACAAAUUAUACUUAGUACAAUAUUCACUUCAUUGACUGAAUGGUUGUGGUAGCAUUCAUAUAUGUUUUACAUAUCAACUGCUCAUAGUUCAGAGAAUUAUAUUUGCCGUCAUACAAAUUGAGUAGGACUUGGUUUCAAAAUACAUGUCUAACUUAUUUAUUGUAGGAUCAAAUAAACGUAAUACAUUGCAGAUUUUUUUAUUACCACCAAUUCUACUAAUCAAAAUAAUUUUAAUUCAGAUAUUUGUCAGACUUUUAUUGCAUUUUUUACAGUUUACUUAUCAUUUUUUUUCUAUUGUUUUUUUACACAGUUUAUACUCAUUAUUUAAAAAGACUGUUUUAUUUCCUCUAAAUUCAAGUGAAAAUGUUGAUGUAAAAAGAUUAUUGAAUUACUUAUUAUUUUAUACACUUCUGUUUUAUGCACAAAAACAGUUAAAAGUUAAAAAAGAGUUAAAGUAAUAGUUUUAUCCUCACAUUUAUAUAACAUCUUUUUCAUGCAUUCAUUGAUAUUUUUUAGAAAAUAAUCACAGAAUUUCAUCCAUUGUCUGUUAUAACCACCUUGAAUAUUUUACAAUAUAAUAUUGUAGGUUGUAUGAUAAAAGCUGUAAUAAAGUUUAUAUAGAAA